GGGUACGGACUGCCUUGUACUCUUGACUCUGCUUUUGUAUGUUUGGCAUUUUCCUUUCAACGUAACACCACUUGUGGAGGUUUUUUGCAGAAGGUAGAUUUGGAAGGUAACACUAGUGGUUCUAGAUUCAAAGCCUUCCACAGAUCCUCACUCUUUGUUAGCUGGGUAUAAAGGCUGCCUCUGCAGACUCAUAACAAGUCUUUUUCUCCCUCCCAGGGGUGCCGCUUUAUUUUCUUGCGAAGGCAUAGAGUAUUUGCUGAGUGUGACAAAGCUGAGAGGAUCAAGUUGAUGCAGGUGGAUGCUGGGUCAGCUUUUUUUUUAUACAAAGGGUAUUAGCGAGCAUAAGGGUUGAGUUGUCUCCAAAUGGACAGGUUGUAUAAAAUGUGUUAGCAAUUUUUCUGAACUGCCCAAAUCCUUUCUAAGUUAUGCUCAUCAAAAAACAGAGCUCAGAGUAGUGAACACUCCCGUACACACUUAGGUUUUGUGUACACUUUUGGAAGCACUGUAUACAUCAGUACAAAGUCAACAUUAUGAAAACGAAUCACAAGAGCUUAUUCACAUGGCAUUUUGGUAUGCCAGGAACCAGAAGUGAGAUACUUAAAGGCAGUAAAACUGAAGUAAAAUAGGAAGAUCAGCUAAGAAAGACCUACUGGAGAAAGCAAAGGAUGGAAAAUAAAGUGAAGCACUGUUUUAUUGUAGCAGCAGGCCUUUGAAAUUGAACUGAAAAAAAAAAAAAUGACUGCUCUUACUUCAGAGAACUGCUCUUUUCAGUACCAGCUACAUCAAACAAAUCAGCCCCUAGAUGGUAACUGUCUGUUAUUCUUGAUUACACUUGGGAAAAUAUUAUUAAAUAUCCUCACACUAGGAAUGAGAAGAAAAAACACCCAUCAAAAUUUUAUGGAAUAUUUUUGCAUUUCACUAGCAUUUACUGAUCUUCUACUUUUGGUGAAUAUUUCCAUUAUAUCCUAUUUCAGGGAUUUUGUACUUUUAGGCAUUAGGUUUACUAAAUACCACAUCUGCCUAUUUACUCAAAUUAUUUCUUUUACUUACGGCUUUUUGCAUUAUCCAGUUUUUCUGACAGCUUGUAUAGAUUAUUACCUGAAUUUCUGUAAAGCCACCAAGCUUCCAUUUAAGUGUCAAAAAGUAUUUUAUUUCUUUGCAGUUAUUUUAAUUUGGAUUUCAGUCCUUACUUAUGUUUUGGGAGAUCCAGCUAUCUACCAAAGCCUGAAGGUACAGAAUGUUUAUUCUUAUCAGUGUCCUUUCUACAUCAGCAUUCAGAGUUACUGGCUGUCAUUUUCCAUGGUGAUGAUUUUAUUUAUGGCUUUUAUAACCUCUUGGUCAGAAGUUAUUACCUUGGUACAGGCUGUUAGGAUAACUUCCUAUAUGAAUGAGACUGUCCUAUAUUUUCCCUUUUCAUCCCACUGUAGUUAUACUGUGAGCUCUAAAAAAACACUCUUGCCCAAGUUGAUUAUCUGUUUUCUUGGUACCUGGUUACCAUUUGUACUACUUCAAAUAAUUAUCCUUUUACUUAAAGUACAGAUUCCAGCGUACAUCGAGAUGAACAUUCCGUGGUUGUACUUUGUCAAUAGUUUUCUCAUUGCUACAGUUUUUUGGUUUAAUUGUCACAAACUUAAUUUUAGAAACAUGGCAUUACCUGUGGAUCCAUUUGUCAACUGGAAAUGCUGCUUCAUUCCACUUACAAUUCAUAAUCUUGAGCAGAUUGAAAAGCCUAUAUCAGUAAUAAUUUGUUGACAUGUUGCCAUGUUAAAACUAAAACUAACAGCUACAAGAAUUAUAAUUUUACAAAUGGGAAAGAAUGAUGACUUGGGACAUAUAAAGAAUGAACUGAACUGAAAGCUCUCCCCCACAUCCCAAACUUUCAUACCUUUUCAGAAUAUGUCUUUUUGGGAUUGUGAUAUUAUUGUUUUUUUUUUUUAACAAAAUACUUCCAAUAAGAAAUAUUUAUACCUGUUGACCAUACUGAUAUUUGUGUUACCCAGAAAACUACUGGAUACAAACUGUUAGGUAAAUCUGCGAUUCACUGCCAACUUUUCAAAUUUAAAUAAACAUUUUUAUUACACUUAGAGCAAGAA